GAAGUCUGACCUUCCGCCAGUUUGCCAUGCAAGGAUUGAAGAUUGCGAUAGAGCAGCAGUGCACAUGAGGCUACACUAGGGGCGGAGUUUGACCUCUCAAGUCUCUAAACAUCACUAAUCCGCGUCGGACAUUCUAACACAGGCCGUCAUCGGCACCGUUUGAACAACAAAAAAAAAAAAAAAGAAAAAAAAAAAGAAAAAGAGAGGGACGCAUUUCCAGUGAGACAACGCUGCCCUGCCGGGUCGGAAAACAAACGGAGGCUCGGGCUGCCGCAUGCGUGCGUAUCGGAGGGGCUGGAAAUGCUGCACAGAUAGUGCGUUACAUGCGGCUGGACAUAUCUGCAGUCCUCUCUCUCUAGACGGGGUUUAUUUGCAGGAUUCGGCGAGAAGCAGAAGUGCGAUUUGCGCGUUGACAGCUGGCCCGCCGUGCGCCCGCAGUGGAGACGAGGCAGCUGCUGGCUUCCCCUCGAAGUUGCCGUUCGAUGUCCAGUAGCUCAUGGCUAAAGCUGCCCUGUGGCUGAUCCUGACGAUGCGUUCAGGGAACUGCUCCGGAGGCGCGUGGGGAUGAAAUGGAUGGAGCCCAUGGCUAGACCGACGCACCAGCUCCCACGUCCCAGCAUGUCCAGCUGCAGCAAGUCUCCCCCCAACUCUGGAGAAGCUGCAGGCUCUAACUCCAUGGCAUGGGUGAAGAUGUUUAAAAAGCCUGGAGGAGGCCUGAAGAAAUCCUACCAGCCUGGGAGCAUGCUGUCUCUGGCGCUCACCAAGGGCCUCCUGAACGAACCCGGGCAGAACAGCUGCUUCCUGAACAGCGCUGUUCAGGUGCUUUGGCAGUUGGACAUUUUCAGGAGAAGUCUGAGGCAGCUCUCAGGUCACUUCUGCCUCGGGGACGCCUGCAUUUUCUGCGCUUUAAAGAGUAUCUUCAGCCAGUUCCAGCAGAGCAGAGAGCGCGUGCUCCCCUCCGACAGCCUGCGCAACGCCCUCGCCGAAACUUUUAAGGAUGAGCAGCGCUUCCAGCUCGGCCUGAUGGACGACGCUGCUGAGUGCUUUGAAAACAUCCUGGAGCGAAUUCAUCUGCACAUCGUUUCAGACACGGCAACUGACGCCUGCUCCUCUAAAUCCUGCAUCACCCAUCAGAAGUUUGCAAUGAUGCUUUACGAGCAGUUCGUGUGCCGCUGCUGUGGCGCCUCCUCAGACCCGCACCCAUUCACAGAGUUUGUGCAUUACGUCUCCACCACUGCUCUAUGCCAACAGGUUGACCGCACGCUGGGGAAGAAUGAGCGCCUGAGGUCGGACAUGUUUGGAGAACUGCUGCAGGCAGCAAACAACACAGGUGACCUCCGAAGCUGCCCGAGUGACUGUGGUCAGAGCAUCAAGAUCCGCCGUGUUCUCAUGAACUGUCCGGAGAUCGUGACUAUUGGAUUUGUAUGGGAUGCUGAGCAGUCUGAUCUCACGGACGAUGUCAUUAGGUCCCUUGGUCCUCGUUUGAACCUUUGUGGGCUUUUCAACCGUGUCACUGAUGAAAAUGCCAAACGGACCGAGCUGCAUCUGGUGGGGAUGAUCUGUUUUGCGAGUAAACAUUACUCGGCUUUUGCCUAUCACACCAAAUCUUCAAAAUGGAUGUUUUUUGAUGAUGCUACUGUAAAGGAGAUUGGAUCCAAAUGGAAAGACGUCGCCUCUAAAUGCAUCAGGGGACAUUUCCAACCGCUUCUUUUAUUUUACACCAACCCCGAGGGAAGUCCAGUGUCUAAUGAGGAUGCUCCGAGACAGACGACCAUGUGCCCCCGGUACAAAGCUCAAGUAAAUGGUGAUGUGAAACACCCACUUGGGAGUCCUAAUAAGGUCCAGGAACCUUUCAUGGAAAAAUUUCAGAGGCCAGGUGAAACAUCAAAAAAGGAUAGAGGGCAUCGGCAGCACAAAGACAUGGCGCAUGCGAGGUCCUCAUCGCCACCAGAAAAUGGGCCACGGCCUCCUGCGGAAAAAUCAAAAACCUACCCACGUGCUGAGAAGCCAUCGAGCAGAGGAUCUCAGGAGCCACACGGACAGUCCUUCGGUACGCAGAGUGGCGGACACAGCCGGAGGACCAACACUUCCCCGGGUCGCUGUGAUCAGGACAACUGCCACGAACAAGCUGGGGGCGGAGCGGGUCGCAGCAAGUCCAAGUCCACCUGGAGACCCAUCCGGGAGGUUUUGAAUGUGGACACUGUGCUGAACGAACUGGAGCAGCGGCGUCAGCAGCAGCAGGACGCCCCGCGCUGCACCAGGCCUUCGCCCCAGGAGAGGGUGCACGCCGAGCCGGGCCGAGACCGCGACCGGGAACACGCGCGAGCUAGGGAGGAGCGGAAGCAGAAGUGUUUGAUGACGAUUUACGAGGACGAGCAGCGGCACGAGACCGAGAGCCACAGCUCCGUGGAGUCGGAGAGCAAGGCCAGCCAGCAGCGGGGCGGCAGGCUCAAGGGCGGCCCCAAGACCCUGCUGCGUAGCGACACCUGGACCAUCCAAAGGACAGAGUCUGGUUAUGAGAGCAGCGAUAGGCUCAGCAGCGGCUCCACCAACCCUGACUCGCCUGGGGUCGAUGGCUUUGCUGUUAAAGACCAGAGAUCAACGCCAGAGGCUCAGUUGCAGAGCCAGCUGCAUCAAAAGGGAGGCGAUGCGACACCAAGCGUAACGUCCUCACCUUCACACAACGGUAAACAUCAACCAAGACCUCAGGGAAAGAACCACGACCAAGUUUCUCAUUCACAUCUGAAGUGCAGCCCCAGUUCGAGACGGAAAUCUAAGUACAUGUCCACCACCUCCAGAAAAUCGACGUCUUCAGAAAGGAGCUCCGCUGGUUCAGAGAGCAGGCAGGGUGAGCAGCAGGAGCUGACAAACUGCAGAGGGCACGGUGGAGAAAGCACGGCCCUGAGGCACAUCGCGAAAACCAGCAGCUCAGAAUGGAACAGCUCCGACGAUCUCGCCCUGUCCGAGCCCGAGGACAGAGAGAGCACGUACCUCUCCAGCAACAGCGAGGCCGUCGCCUCCGACUCCCAGUGUCCUCUCAUAACCCUGCCAUACCACCCGUCCGGCAGCGCGACCGCCGAGCCUCUCCAGCUGAACAGCCAGCGCCACCCCUCAGCGGGGUCGCCUCACCUCCGACCCAACCAGCGGGUUCCCCCCCACCAGGGCGACGCGAGCCACACUGCGUUUCGCCCCAGGAUGCUUCAAGAACAGUUUCCACUGAGCCCCCGGCUUUCAUCCACGUCCUACAUCAGUCCCCACAGGAAGCCUGACAUGUCGGGCCUCCGCACCUUCUCAGACGCAAGCUCCAAGUCAGGCUCGGACCCAGAGAGGAGCACGCCGUCGUCGUGCGAAGGUGAGGAAAGACUGUCCGGGUGCAGAUCGGAGCAGGCGGCGCCGCCUCAAGAGGUUUCUCUGACAACGUACUUUAACGUGGAUAACUGUAUGACGGAAACAUACCGUCUCAAGUACCACAACCAGAGGCCUCUUGUCCUCUCCGCCACGGUGCCACGGACAGCAGUUUCAAGUGAGCGGAGAGAUAACAGCCACACACUCCCCGGUGACACACACUCACAAGACGUGCCAAAACCCAGGCCUGAAACAAGCCAUAAUAGCAAUAAACCCACUGCAAAAUGGAACCCAGUGACAGCCAAAGGACUGGAUGAGCGUGGUUUUUUAUGAGUGUCACUCGGUAAGUUUUGUUUACACGGACGGACAGUAUUAACUGGAUGCCAAAGAGUUUACAGCAUGGAAAUAUGUUCAGAAGGUUGGACGUCUCCAAACUGAGUGGAAUUUAUUUAUGCAAGCCUGUCACAUAAAUAAACCCUAUUUCUAAAUGCUGUUACGCGUUGUUUGACGGAUUAUCAACGAUCACGUAUAUCUUCCAUUGUUCCACCGUGUGGCUGCGGGAGGAUUUAGUUUUAGCCGAAAUCAGUUUGCACAGAUCGGUUUUAAGUUUUGAUAAUUCUUUUUAUCACCUUAUGUCAACUUUAAAAAAAAAAAUAAAUAUAUAUAUAUAUAUAUAUAUAAAUACAUUUUUUGUGCAAUAGUGCUGCAGAACUGAAGAUAUAUAAAUAUAUUUACAGUUAGGCAUGAACGAUUAUGAUGAGCCACAGGUGACGCUGCGGCCUGUACAGAUUUUAUACAAACUUGAAUGAAUGGAGAGCGAACGCAAAUCACAGCAUGUUGCCAUGGAAAUAUAUUAUCAAGGAACUUUGUCAGAUUAUAAUGAUGUCAUUUUAUGAACACUAUGAAAAUAAAGGUAUGACUCAUAAAUCGUAGGUUUGUCCAGUUCCACCUGUCAAAGUUUUGGAAAAAGUUUCUCGUCAAUACCUGGGCAGCUUACCUAACUUUAUGCACACUGGCGGCUUUAGGUCGCCAGAGAAUACACACUGCAACAAUUACUCGUGUUUACUUUGAGAUUUGUUGCGAGUGUUAUCAUUUAUCAGCUCUUUUACAACGUUUAUGUGUUAAUUAAUAACCACGGGCUGCUCCGUACCGUUUGCUGUUUAAAAAAAAAAAAGAAAAAUGUUUGCCAUUUUUUUUCAUCGCUCGGCUCAUCACGGUGUGAUUUCUCAAGACUGCGUGCGCUUUCUGGCAGUCCACGCGGUGUUAGCGUUUGUCGAACUUUGCCGUGCAGCCGCAGGCGGGGGCAGCCCUCAGUCUGUGCUGUGGGUCACUACACGCUGUCAUGCAACCUUUGUGGAUUCUACCUAUUGUACUGGUUCUCGCUUUUCUUCUUGUACUUUACAGUGAUGUCAAAAUGUAUUUUUUCCCAGUCUUCCUCUUAAAGUAGGCAGGUUUAAACAGGUCUGUAUAUGCAGGUAUUUUCACAAUGAUGCCAAUGUAAUUAAUAUAUCUCACACAUUAUUACUGACCGUACAACCCAGCUCACCAGGAUUCAUGUUUAUACAAAGUAAUGUUCUGAAAACCUGCAUGUGGCCUUUACGAUGUCAUACUAGCUGUGUGUACAGCUUUCAGCAUGAGCAUGGAAAUACUGGACUCUUCAGUCCAAUAAUCAUUUUACUGGAUUUUAUUCACUUGUAAUAAAUUAAAUGAUCAACUAGCAGUUUGUAACCAUGAUUGAUUUAGAAGCUCUGAAUGUUGUUCUCGUGGUCACUCGUAAAUGCACCCGUUUUAAAUGUAAUGUUUGAUGGAGACAAUGCACUGGGGGAAAAAAACAGACACCUUGCACUCACUAUGCAUUCACAAAAUGAUAAUAAUAAUAAUAACAAACACAAUCAGUGUCAAUCCUAUUUCAAAUAAUAAGUUUUAACACUCUUCCGCCUAUACGUAUAUAUGUCCACUUUGUAGUUUUAUCUCUUCACUGUAACCUUUGUCCAGGUGUUUGCCAACUCCCCUCACUGAGCACAGUUACUCACUAAAUGUUGGGUUUGUUCUGUCUGACACCAAAAGAUAGCGUUUGGAGUUUUAUGUGCACGUAAUCACAUCUAAACGCGUAAUUAGAACGUUGACUUUGUCACUGUUUGUUCGCUCAAUUCAACAAAAAGUCGGCAUCCGCGGAACGGAGCUGUAUUUAAUUGACCUGCAAUCUCUCAGUGAUACGGUACACAUGCUAGGCUACUUUUACACAGGCUGUUUGUGAAGUAGUGGUUGUAAAUCACUGUUAUUUAAAGAUAUCGGAUGUAUUCACUGAAUGAAAAAAAUCACUGUUUAAGAUUGCGCUCCCGUCUGAGCCUUAAAGUUGUCUCACCUGCCAGGUGCUUCUUGUGUGUUUCCUGUUAUUUGUUUUUCUUCAUUAUGUAAAGAUAGUAACUCUCACUUCUCUCAAGUUGUAUUUUCCAUCCUGAACGCUGUGUCUUCAGUUGUAUCAACAGUGCCUUGACAUUUUCAGUGGAACUUUUCUUUAUUUGGAGUCUAUUGAACGAGGGAGUGGAAUUAAAGUGAACAGAGGAUCUUAUGACAAAAAAAAAAAACAA